GUAUUUUCCUGCUGAGAAGACGAUGAUCACCAUUAAACAUCAAGCGAAAGACUCCUCGCUGAAAAUCAUCGUCAACGGAAUCGAUUUUAAAUUCGAGUCAAAGAUAGAUGUCGUUCAACAAAUCCUAAAGUCAGAAUCGGAUCCUGUCAAUUUUCUGUGCUCGUCAUUUAAAGUCAGGGAUUUGAACAGCGUGGAUAACAUCUUAUCCAGUCAUGUGGAGAAGAGAGUGCCCGAUGGCGUCGACUUGUUGAAGAACACCAAAAGUGCUUUGGUGAAUCAGGAAGCUCUUCCGAAUGAAACUCCAACGCUACUUCACUUCGCUGCUUUUUACGACAUGAAAAAACUGGCAAAAUCUUUGCUGCGUUGUCCAGGAGCCCUGGAGGCGAUGUCCAUUAAAAUUCCAGUGGUGACGUGCCCAUCAGUGUUGCGAAUCGUAAAAAUCACAUAGAGAUGGGAAAACUCCUCGAAUCCCAUCAGGCCAAUAACGAUACACAGAACGAGGACGGUGAGGAUAUAUACGAGAGCAUGGAAUCAUGCUAUGAACGCUACAUGAUUAUGGAUGGUAGGAACCAACCGGACAAUUACGUCGUAUGUUCGGACAGUUUUAACGAGAAAGAGGAAUUGUACGAAGACAUGAAUGGUUCAUCGCCGCCAGAAAGGACGGUCUAUGAUACCCCACGCUUUGAGGAUCGUUUUGUCGGCGAUAACGGUUAUUUUGAUAAUAAUCAAAAUAAAGUUGGUAGAAUGCGACCUUCCGUCAUGCAAAGAAACCUCGAUGAUUACAAAGCUUUGGGUAGAAUGUCGGAGAAGGAAGUCCAACUUGCUUUGCUCAUGAAGCGCGUGAAAGAGCAAUACAUCACGCAAGAACAGGCGCUGGAAAUGGCCAAAGUUUUGCACCUGGAGCCAGAAGUUGGUUUGAACUCCAGAAGAAAUGGGAAUAAACCGCCUGUUGCGCCAAGAAGCUCGUUGCCAAGGACUAUGUCGACAAGUUCUGGAUCAAGUGUUAGCAGUUGUGGCAGCACGGGUUCUGGAUACGCGAGCGAUCCAGUGGAUAAACCGUCCGUUCCACAAACGCGGCCCAAACCGAGAUUUAACUAUUUGGCUGGAGGAAUCCCUGUAUUGAGGAAUACUUCCCAACAAGGACCAGUUCACCAGAAGAGAGGGCCUCCUACAAUACCUCCACAUUCACAUAGAUGAUUGAAAAUCGUUUGUUAGUUGCUGAGAGAGUAAUUUAAUAUGCUUGUUGAAGAUGGUAAAUUUGUAAAUAAAUUUUUGUGACCUGAUGGUGCUCUCGACUCAAGACUGGUCGCUUUCAGAGAAUUUUAUGAUGGAAUAGACGAUUUCUCUGUGCAACUCUGUGACGAACAACCGCUGGAUUAUCACAGGUGAAAUUAUGGAGAUGGUUCGAGAAGGAAUUUUAUAGAAAUCGAAUUAUGAUCCAUGUCAUGAGCAAUAUUUAAAAGACUUUAGCCACGAUUUCCUCAGUUAUCAAUGGCAAAGCGUAUUUCAAUAAAGAGUCUUCGAAGGAUUUGAAUAGUUGACAUAUUUUACUUUUAUUUAAGUAACAUUCAGAUCUAUAAUAUCCAAUUUUAACUUCUGGUCAAACCAUAUUCUAUAUACGCGAGAAAUUUUUAUUCAACGAUGCUUAAUCGACGAAUUUUUUGCAUUCGAUUUUUUAUAGCCAUUUUAGAAAUUUUUAUACUUUUUUAAAAGUGGUUAAUUUAGCUAUCGCAUGCAAUAAUUGAUAUAUUUUGAGCGGUAACUUACUUCAUAAAUGCAUUUUUUGAGAAUAGAUUUGAAAAUUAUAAAUUUAAUCUUAUGUAUAUUGAAA